AUGGUGAUAUUUCGUUUAAAAAUAGGAAAGGCACAAACAAGAGAUUUGACGCAUCCCAACGGAGUUGGGUUUGAGGUCGUUGAUGAGCUCGUAGCUCCAAUAUAUGGAAAGAAUCACCAUGUUUUUGUUGACAACUAUUUUGGAAGUCCAACACUUUGCGACCACCUACAUCAAAAUCAGACAUACCUAACCUCAACUGUGAGAGAUGCAAGAAAAGGUAUGCCCAGAUCAUUUCGCCAGACAAAGGUUCAGAAGGGAGAUAUGGUGGUAAAACAAUCCGGUCCUGUGAUGGCAGUGAAAUACGGCGACAGAAAAAAACAUAACUAUGAUAUCUUCUUACGGAACCCCAAUUUUGGAGGAAAAUCAAAAUAGUAGAGGUGUUACUAAGCGAUUGCCCAAUGUUGUAAUCCUGUACAACAAGUAUAUGGGAGGAGUAGAUCUGGCGGAUGCUAAGGUUCAAACCUAUGACCCAGACAUUCGGUCUCUAAAAAUGUGGAAAAAAAUACUUACAAACAUUCUACUGCG